GCGGCGCUGGGAGGGGCCGCAGCAUCUUCGCCCCCCGCGCCCGGGCGCAGCCGCUGGGAGGAGGCCGGACGCCAGGCCUCGCGCUGCCUCGCUGGAGGCCGGAGGGGCGAAGGUGACAGAGGAUGGCAGAGAGGACGUGACUUGCAUCGACUCGUUUACCCAGCAGUGGCGCUGCCAUGCAGAAGCCCAGCGGCCUGAAGCCCCCCGGCCGUGGAGGGAAGCACUCAAGCCCCGUGGGCCGGACAUCCACUGGGUCAGCCUCGGCCUCUGCUGCAGCUGUUGCCACCGGCUCCAAGGAAGGCUCCCCGCUGCACAAGCAGGCAUCAGGCCCCUCCUCUGCGGCUGCCCCUGCUGCGCCUGAGAAGCCGGGCCCCAAGGCGGCCGAGGUGGGAGAUGACUUCCUGGGUGACUUCGUGGUGGGCGAGCGGGUGUGGGUGAAUGGCGUGAAGCCAGGCGUGGUGCAGUACCUGGGCGAAACGCAGUUUGCGCCUGGCCAGUGGGCGGGCGUGGUGCUGGACGACCCGGUGGGCAAGAAUGACGGCUCCGUGGGCGGUGUGCGCUACUUCGAGUGUCCAGCGCUACAGGGCAUCUUCACGCGGCCCUCCAAGCUGACCCGGCAGCCCACGGCCGAGGGCUCGGGCAGCGAUGCCCACUCGGUGGAAUCGCUGACCGCCCAGAACCUGUCGCUGCAUUCGGGCACGGCCACACCCCCUCUGACCUGCCGUGUCAUCCCCCUGCGUGAGAGUGUCCUCAACAGCUCUGUCAAGACAGGCAAUGAGUCGGGCUCCAACCUGUCAGACAGCGGCUCUGUGAAACGGGGCGACAAGGACCUGCGCCUGGGAGACCGUGUGCUGGUUGGCGGGACGAAGACUGGUGUGGUGCGGUACGUGGGGGAGACAGACUUUGCCAAGGGCGAGUGGUGUGGUGUGGAGCUGGACGAGCCCCUUGGGAAGAAUGAUGGGGCAGUAGCGGGCACCAGGUACUUCCAGUGCCCACCCAAGUUCGGUCUCUUCGCACCUAUCCACAAGGUGAUCCGCAUUGGCUUCCCGUCCACCAGCCCAGCCAAAGCCAAGAAGACCAAGCGUAUGGCCAUGGGUGUCUCAGCACUGACCCACAGUCCCAGCAGUUCUUCCAUCAGCUCUGUCAGCUCUGUGGCCUCCUCCGUGGGGGGCCGGCCCAGCCGCAGUGGCCUGCUCACAGAGACUUCUUCGCGCUACGCUCGCAAGAUCUCGGGCACAACGGCCUUGCAGGAGGCACUGAAGGAGAAGCAGCAGCACAUUGAGCAGUUGCUGGCUGAACGGGACCUGGAGCGGGCUGAGGUGGCCAAGGCCACAAGCCACAUCUGUGAGGUGGAGAAGGAGAUCACCCUGCUCAAGGCACAGCACGAGCAGUAUGUUGCAGAAGCAGAGGAGAAGCUGCAGCGGGCACGGCUGCUGGUGGAGAGCGUGCGGAAGGAGAAGGUGGACCUGUCCAACCAGCUGGAGGAGGAGAGGAGGAAGGUGGAGGACCUGCAGUUCCGAGUGGAGGAGGAGUCCAUCACCAAGGGAGACCUGGAGACCCAGACGCAGCUGGAGCACGCCCGCAUUGGGGAGCUGGAGCAGAGCCUGCUACUGGAGAAGGCGCAGGCCGAGCGGCUCCUCAGGGAGUUAGCGGACAACAGGUUGACAACGGUGGCCGAGAAGUCACGGGUGCUGCAGCUGGAGGAGGAGCUGAGCCUGCGGCGUGGUGAGAUCGAGGAGCUGCAGCAGUGCCUCCUGCACUCAGGCCCACCGCCAGCCGACCACCCCGAGGCCGCUGAGACCCUGAGGCUGCGCGAACGGCUGCUGUCAGCCAGCCAGGAGCACCAGCGGGAGAGCGGGGCGCUGCGGGACAAAUACGAGAAGGCACUCAAGACCUACCAGGCGGAGGUGGAGAAGCUGCGGGCAGCCAACGAGAAGUAUGCGCAGGAGGUGGCGGACCUCAAGGACAAGGUCCAGCAGGCCACCAGCGAGAACAUGGGGCUCAUGGACAACUGGAAGUCCAAGCUGGACUCGCUGGCCUCCGACCACCAGAAGUCCCUGGAGGACCUCAAGGCCACCCUGAACUCAGGCCCGGGCGCCCAGCAGAAGGAGAUUGGGGAGCUGAAGGCUGUAAUGGAGGGCGUCAAGAUGGAGCACCAGCUGGAGCUGGGCAACCUGCGGGCAAAGCAUGACCUCGAGACGGCCAUGCACGUGAAGGAGAAGGAGGGCCUGCGGCAGAAGCUGCAAGAGGCCCAGGAGGAGCUGGCCGGGGUCCAGCAGCACUGGCGGGCCCAGCUGGAGCUGCAGGCUGGCCAGCACCGGCGGGAGCUGCAGGCGGCCCAGGACCAGCGCCGUGACGCCGAGCUGCGGGUGCACGAGCUGGAGAAGCUGGAUGUAGAGUACCGCGGCCAGGCACAGGCCAUCGAGUACCUCAAGGAGCAGAUCUCCCUGGCCGAGAAGAAGAUGCUGGACUACGAGGGGCUGCAGCGGUCGGAGGCCCAGAGCAGGCUGGAGGCUGAACGGCUACGGGAGAAGCUCUUGGUUGCUGAAAACAGACUGCAGGCAGUGGAGUCCGUGUGCUCGUCCCAGCACGCUCAUAUGAUUGAGUCCAGCGACAUUUCAGAGGAGAAGAUCAGGAUGAAGGAGACUGUGGACGGCCUGCAGGACAAGCUGAACAAGAGGGACAAAGAAGUGACAGCCUUGACGUCCCAGACCGAGAUGCUCAGGGCCCAAGUAAGUGCACUGGAGAGCAGGUGCAGGUCGGGGGAGAAGAAGGUGGACAACCUGCUGAAGGAGAAGCGGCGCCUGGAGGCCGAGCUGGAGGCCGUGUCCCGGAAGACCCACGAUGCCUCGGGCCAGCUGGUAGUCAUCAGCCAGGAGCUGCUCCGGAAGGAGCGGAGCCUGAAUGAGCUGCGGGUGUUGCUGCUAGAGGCCAGUCGCCACUCGCCCGGGCCCGAGAGGGACCUGAGCCGAGAGGUCCACAAGGCCGAGUGGCGGAUCAAGGAGCAGAAACUCAAGGACGACAUCCGAGACCUGCACGAGAAGCUGACUGGGCUGGACAGAGAGAAGUCCCUGACAGAGCAGAGACGUUACUCCCUCAUUGACCCGUCUACAGCGCCUGAGCUCCUGCGGCUGCAGCACCAGCUGAUCAGCACGGAGAAUGCGCUGCGUGACGCACUCGACCAGGCCCAGCAGGUGGAAAAGCUCAUGGAGGCCAUGCGGAGCUGCCCCGACAAGUCCCAGGACAAGUCCCAGCCCCUCAGCAAUUCUGGGUCUGCCAACGGCGUCCACCAGCAAGACAAGGCCCACAAACAAGAGGAAAAGCACUGACCCUGAGGGACCAAGUGGAGAGGCCCAGUGCACACCAGAGACUGCUGGCCUGCCCUGGUGGCGCCCCCUCCAGGCAGGGGCCAGGAUUGUCACUUUGGAGACAAGAACAGUGUUUGUAAUGAUAACAGACUCACCGCCGUGGACAAUCCCCCACCCCAGAACCCCCCGCCGGACCAGGAGGCUUCCUCAAGCAUGGCCUUCCACAGGGAGCAACACAGCUCCGGCUUGAGCCCGGGACCUCAGCCUGGACACCUGGACACCAAGCAGUUUCCAGAGUUUGUUUGGGAGGCGGAAGCCAUCCAGCCAAGCCCUUCCCCCUCUGACCCCUGGCUGCCCCUAGGACCAUUUGGGCACCCUGGCACUUCCCUGCCCUCUGUUUCCUCCCUCUGCUCCCUGGGUUUCCUCAGGCCCCAGAACAGCCAUUGUGCCCAGAAGGGGCCAGGGGAGGCCCAGCUUCUCCUUGCAGGCGCUGAGGAGGAGCCAGGAGGGAGCCCCUUUUCCAAAGCCAUUUCCAGGUCAAGGUGCACCCAGGGCUUCUCAUCCCCACAUACUGAGUGCCCUUCAAACAGUGGUACUAGCACCCCUUACCCACCUGCCUAGUGGGCCCCCAGGUUCACAGUGCAGGUGGGCAGGGCCCCUCCUUUCCUCCCACCGGACACAGACACAGAUUUGCACACACUGCCAGCUGCUAGCAGAGGCAUCCGCCCACGGCCAGGAGCUGCGGUGUUAGGGAGGUUUGGGCGCCCCUCUCCUCACCUCCACCACUGGCCUUGGCCAGUCCGGAGCUGGGGGAGGGGCGGCCAAAGGGGAGUCUAGAGCAUGUGUUGACUGGUCAGUAAUAUGGGAUCCCCUGGGUUGAUUAGAUGUUCUGAAACUGGGCCUCCCACCUGUGGGCCCUGAGGGGUACGCCCCACAUCCCUCGGGCUGUGCGCACACUCAGAGGGAUCCCUGCUUGUGCACGUGGGCAAGUGCUGGGUGUGUUUGCACUUAACAUGCUUGGGCCACACAGACACACAUGCUUGGGCCACUCAGAUGAACACGCUUAGGCCACACAGACACACACGCUUGGGUUCCGGAAGUGAGCCCAGGUCUGGCAGGUCUGUGCUGCGGAUGCUGCAAACAUUCCUGCAGACCAAGUGUGCUACACACCCAGGUGCACACAGAUAAGUGUCCAGGGACACGUGUACCACACACGCUCAUCAGCUUGCACCCGGACCAGUAGCCACCUCCUCCCCACCUGCCCAGAGCUUUCCAGUCCUGUCUCUUGUAACUAGAAAAACCCCCAAGGGGUGUUGAGGACAAGAAAAAUCUAACUGCCUCCCCCCUCUUCCUCUCAAGCCCCGCCGAGCUACUCCAGGCCUGGACGUGGUGGGAAAAGCCAGUAUCACACAGCAACCCCACCUGGAGAGCCACCAGGCCUGCAGAUGAGCUGACAGGCCUGCAGACGGGCUGCCACCUUGUGCCUCAGCAUCAGCCUCCCUCAGCUCAGGGAGAUUUUUCACAUGCGGCCGCCACCUUCCGGUGAGCGGGCGAGCCUCAUGCCCAUCAUGACAUUCCCAUAAUGCACCAGGUACGCAUAUCCCACCCUCGGACCAGCCCAGGUGCCUCCCAGGUACUGGUAGGUGGUACCCGUGUUCCUGCCCCGAUGCAGCCCAUAAUCCUGGGGCAGCAAGAUUGUGCCCUCAGCCUCCCCUCCCUGUCGGCCUUUGGUAGCUCUCGCAUGUGGUUUUAUUAACAACAAUAGAGGAGCCACGCUUUAGUGGCCUGAUCCAGAGCUGAGCACUGUUCUCCCACAGUCAGGCAAGGGCCAGCCGCUGCUCUACUAACGAGGCCCACACACGCAGCACCAGGUGGGGCUGGGCCGUUGAUGGAGGGCUUGAGGUAGCUGGUGGUCAGAGAAAUGGCUUCCUGUGAGCAUCUGCCUCCAUGGGCCUCUUGGCCUGCCCUGUGGGCCACUCUGGUACCGGCUCAGCCAUGGUCCCCUCGCCCAAGUCCUCCCCACACCCUUCCCUCCUCAAAGUGGAAUUGUUGAAGUGUGGCAAGUCCGUGCUUGGGACAAUAAAGCUUGUGACUGAGGUCCGGGA